UUUUCACUUCCAUAUUAGCACAACCUGUUCUGUGCUUACAGUUGCCUUCGUGAAUACCCUGUCAUGGUAGCCAGUUUUUCUUGCUAUGUAAGAAAGGAUUGCUUUAAAGGUUGAAUAUUUAGUGCUGGAUUCUGUUUUUGAAGACGUAUCUAUAGCACAUGUAAUGGAUUACUGAGGAUUUCGUGUUUAACCAUGGAACAAAGAACAUACGAGUCUCGAAGGGAGCGAGGAUAUUUGGUCGGCUUUGUGGUUGCUGUGCUGUUGUGGAGCGUGGCCUCGGCGCAAAUACGAUAUUCAAUCUCAGAGGAAGUUAAUGAAGGAACUGUGGUUGGAAAUAUAGCAAAAGAUCUGGGAUUAGAUAAAAACACACUGAAAGAAAGAAGGUAUCGAAUUGUUUCUACUAAUGCGGAUCCCCUUUUCCACGUAAAUCAGAACGAUGGCAUCCUGUAUGUGAACCGGAAGAUUGAUAGAGAAGAGGUGUGUGCGCAGAGCAGUACGUGUUUAAUUAAUCUGAAAACUGUCCUGGAAAACCCGCUGGAAGUACAUUAUGUUGAAGUUGAGGUGCUGGAUAUAAAUGACCAUUCUCCCAGUUUUCCAGAAGAAGAGAAAGCGUUGGAGAUUUUCGAGUCUGUGUUGCCCGGAGCACGAUUUCAGCUAAAAGCCUCACGGGAUCCAGACAGUGGUCAUUUCUCCGUGCAGCAAUAUAAACUUAGCCAAAACGAUCACUUCCGUUUGGAAGUUAAGGAUAAAGGAGAGGAUGGAAAAAUACCAGUACUGAUUGUUCAAAAAUCUUUAGACAGGGAAACUGCAGGAAGUCACUCAUUAGUGCUGACUGCGCUGGAUGGAGGUAAACCUCCGAAAUCUGGUAAUAUGAAUAUUGUAGUAAAUGUGUUGGAUAUUAAUGAUAACGCGCCUGUUUUCACAAAAGAUGUUUAUUCUGUGAUGCUCACUGAGAAUACUGCAAUAAGUACAACAAUCAUACAAGUCAAUGCAACUGAUUUAGAUGACGGCCCGAACGGAGAUGUAGUUUACUCAUUUAGCAACAGUAUGAAUCAAAAUAUAUUAAACCUGUUUGAUAUUAAUCCAUUAACAGGUGACAUCACGGUUAAGGGUAUAAUAGACUAUGAGGAGAAGGAAAAAUAUGAAAUUGAAAUAGAAGCAUCAGAUAAAGGUUUCGUUCCUCUAACAACAGAAAAAAGCGUCAUUAUCAAGAUAGUUGACGUUAAUGAUAAUGCCCCUGAGAUUGAGGUUACCUCAUUUUCAAGUUCAAUCCCUGAAGAUUCCAGACCUGGAACUACAGUUGCCCUAAUCAGUGUAAAUGACUUGGACUCUGGACUCAAUGGAAAAGUUAUUUGUGCUGUAAAUGAGGAUGUUCCAUUUGCUUUAUCGCCAUCUUUAAAAGACAAAAUGUAUUCAUUAGUAACCAAAUCCCCUCUGGACAGAGAGAAACAGUCACAAUAUGAACUAACAAUUACUGCAAAAGAUGCUGGUCAACCACCAUUAUCAUCUGAAAAGACAAUUAGCGUUGUGGUGUCAGAUGUGAAUGACAACAGUCCAGAGUUUUUAUUGAGUCCAUAUACUUUCUAUGUUACCGAGGGUAACAAUCCAGGAUCUUCUCUUUUUUCUGUAAACGCUUUUGAUCGUGAUGAAAACGACAAUGCUCUUAUAUCCUAUCAUAUUCUCAGAGAUGGAAGCCAAGAAAAUAAAUUGGCUUCAUUUCUAAAUAUAAACUCUGAAAAUGGAGAUAUUUUGGCGCUAAAAAGUUUUGACUUUGAAACUCUGAAAACGUUCCAGUUCCAUGUUGUUGCCACAGAUUCUGGAACUCCGUCACUAAGCAGCAACGUCACAGUGAACGUGUUCAUUCUGGAUCAGAACGACAACGCUCCAGUCAUCCUGUAUCCAGUCAGCUCCAACGGUUCUGCUGAAGGUGUGGAGGAGAUUCCCCGCAAUGUGAACGCAGGACACUUGGUGACUAAAGUCAGAGCCUAUGACGCUGAUAUAGGAUAUAACGGCUGGUUACUGUUUUCACUGCAGGAAGUUACUGACCACAGUCUCUUUGCUUUGGACCGCUAUACAGGACAGAUCAGAACACUUCGCUCAUUCACAGAGACAGACGAGGCCGAGCAUAAACUGGUCAUACUGGUGAAAGACAAUGGGAACGUUUCACUCUCAGCAACAGCUACUGUGAUUGUCAAACUUGUGGAGCCCAAAGAGGCUUUUGCAGCUUCUGAUGUUAAAAGUUCAACAAAGGAUGAGGAGGGGAAUGAUGUGACUUUUUAUCUGAUGAUAACUUUGGGCUCAGUUUCAGUACUUUUUCUCGUCAGUAUCAUCGUGCUGAUUACAAUGCAGUGCUCUAAAUCUACAGACUAUACUUCUAAAUAUCUACAAGAGCCGAAUUAUGACGGGACACUGUGUCACAGCAUCCAGUAUAGAUCUGGAGACAAACGGUACAUGUUAGUUGGACCCAGGAUGAGUAUAGGAUCUACUAUAGUGCCGGGCAGCCAUGCGAAUACAUUAGUGCUCCCUGACAGGAGGAGGACAUCUGAAGAGAGAUCCGAACAGAUGUAGGUCUGCACUGCUCUUGUUUGGCAUCAGUGCUCAUACAGCCUCAACAUCUGCUGCUGUACUUAGGUCAUCACUGCAUGCCUGGAGGAUUGAACUGACUGAGGGGUCAGGGCAAGGAUGCAUGCAAGACAGCCAGCUAUUAUGUGGAAAACUAGUGGAUACACAGUUGGUUGAAAAUCAACUUUGAGUUCAGCCUGUUGAUAACCUAAAGAAAUGUCCAGUUUCCUGAGACCAUUCCUAAGAUGUAUAUGAUAUCUGAUUGAAAGAAUGCAUGAAUGGGUGAAAUCAAAAGUCAGCUGUUUAAACUUUGGAUGCUGCCUUGGUAAGAGGAUUGCCUUCUUACAGCAGUAUCCCUGCACUCCUCACUAUGGGGUAGAUGGGAUAUAUGCCCAUACACUUGUCUGAUUAAUACCCUAUGUUGUAUUUACUUCUGGCCAUGCAUGGAUGGGAUCAGCUGUUGGUUGUUAGAGGGAUCCAGUCUCUAGCUGCAGGGUUCCUCCUCCCCCUGUGGCUAUUUGACCCCGCAUUGCUUAGUGACAAAGUGCAGCGUGACAGUUACAUGCUAUUUUCUGUGAGUUUUGUGUAGCUAUGAGACUGACAGGAAUAAAAAUCACUCUGCUCAGUUUUAAGGCUUUGAGUUGAACUAAAUUGUCUGAAUACUAAUACAUAAACUACUUUGUAUAUCUGUUGAAUUAUGUUUCAUUAUUUAGUAGGCAAGCCUGAUAGUCAAACUGUAAAUUAGUGUUUGUUUUUAUUUUUCCUUAUAAGUUAAAUGUUAAAGAUGCAAGUUUUCACCUGGCUUCAGCUAUUUUACUACAAAAGAGCUUUUCUGUUAAAAGGUAAACAUACUCAGUAUGCACUGUAUGUAUUUACAGAAAAAUAAUUAAUUGUCUGUGUAUCAGGGCUGCAUAUGGAGUCACUGUGCUGUUAUCAAGUGUGUGUGAUAGCAUGACUUUGAAAUAAUUGUAGAUACUGAAAAAAAGACACAGAUUAAAGCUACAGCCUGAAAGGUC